ACAUUUUUUGUUGAUCAUUCUAUUCAGUUAUCUCUAUAGCUAUAUCAAACAAACCUUGGCUUGAAUUUCAUCAUCUAUAUUCUCUUAAACCACAUACACUUUUGUAUCAAAAAUGGGAAAUUAUCUUGCUCUUUGUAGACCCAUUUCAGGAUCUUGUAUAUCAUCAAAUCAUGGUAAUAAAGUUGUGAGGGUAGCCAAACCAGAUGGGAAGGUCCUAGAAUUUAGGACCCCAAUCCAUGUCAAAGAAAUCUUGUCAAAUUUUCAAGCUUUUGGAAGUGUUGGUAUCUCGAAGGUAUCCUCAGAAUCACUCUCCCCAGAUUAUGAGUUGAAGCCUGGAAGAUUAUACUACUUGCUUCCAUCUCAAGGAGUCAAAGAGCAAGGUAAUAACAAUAAUAACAACAAUAAUGGCUUAAAGAGGAUCAAAGUUGUCAUAACAAAGCAGCAGCUUCAACAGUUAGUGACCAAACAGAUCUCUGUAGAGGAUAUAUUCUCAGAGGUUCAUCUUCAAACAGUUGGUGCUCAUAAUAAUAGGAAGCCAAAAUUGGACUGUAUACCUGAAGAAAAUUGAGUACCAUACAAAUAUAGAAUAAGGAAAAAUUUAUAUUUGUCUUUUUUCGUUUUUUUUUUCCUUUUUGGCUGUUUUAAAUCUUUCCUUUCCCUUCUCCCAUCUUUGUUGCUUUUAUUUUCUCUUUUGGGGGGUUCGUAAAGUUUGUAAGGACAAAAGAAAGGAAGAAUGUAAGGGAUAUAGACAUAGGACCUUAUAUAGAAUAAAUAGUUAGUACUGGUUUUUCAAA